UGCUUGUGGCUCGUGGUCUCGUGCCGUCUCGUUGGUCUCCUGCAGUCUCUUGGUGCAGCAGAACAGAACAAAAUGCAUGGCAGAAUGGCUUUCGCUUGUAGAUGGCGGUUCAUUUAAAUGUUCUAAACAAAGGUUCCCCACGGAAUUCUGCUGCAGAUCGUCAUGACAUCAGAGAAAUACUUCGGCAGAACUUUCCCUUCAGCGUCAAGGCGGGAUGCAGGACCCAUAACCGACGACGGCAUUGCAGCUCCAUGCAACUCUACAAGCGCAGGAAACCUACAGAGCGUUACAGAAAACAUGGCAGUCCCAAGGACUCCAGUGCAGUCGUCGUUCAAAGCUGGUGUGAUGAUACCAAGCACCACAAAAAGUGCAUUCUCUUCAAUUUCGGACAUAUUGAAUAUGAAAACCCCUGAAUUUCGACCGUGUGCGCCAUGCUCAAAAACAAAAGAAGUUGUAAACGACGAAAUGUCUGCAACUGGCAUCAAGAAGAACUUGUAUUCCUCUUUGGUGCCCGAUAAGGGCUGUGCUGCAAACGCAACAGGGGAGGGUUGGAGAGACAGUAGUAGUGGAAUUCGAAGUAAUUCGUCUAUACAGAUGGAGUAUGUUCCACCGCUUUUGAGAAAAAUACGCGAGAACCCAUCAAUGGUGAAGAAUGCCCCGUUUGACCUCCAAUUAUUACGUUCUUCUGAAGAUGACGAUGAUGAUGAUGAGCAUGAAGAGGAUGCUGAAAGUAAUAUAAGUGUUACGAAGAAGAAUGACAAUCAUAGCAAAGUGGGUGGCAGGAGCUAUUUACCUGGAUCUUCAGCUGAGAGUGGCUUCUCGUCAAGAGGUACCACAAAACGCAGUGUAGGACAGCGAAGUACUGGCAACAGUGGUGCUGCAACAAUGCCAGAUAAACCACCUACCAGGAUUCCGCCCAGGUGCUCCUCACGUCGAGCAAGCCACCCUGACAAGGAACUUCCAGCGAACCACCUGCGAAGUGAAGACGCCUUGGAAUCCCACAAGGAGGACGCUUCCGUCAGGGUCAAUGGCAAAUACUACCAAAUUUUCAGCAUUAUUGGGAGUGGUGGAUCCAGCAAGGUAUAUCACGUGUUUGACGAUAAGAAGCACGAGUUUGCGGUAAAGUUUGUUAACCUUGAGGAGGCCAACGAAGAGGUCACAGCAAUGUUUCUAAAUGAAGUGACCAUUCUGAAGCAGUUGAAACAUUGUCAGCGUGUCGUCAGACUUUAUGACUAUGAAUAUUGCAAGAAGAAAAAGAUGCUCAGUUUGGUAAUGGAAAAAGGAGACACAGACCUCUCUGGUGUCCUGCGAUCAAUAAUGCGUGCAAACAGCCUCAGUCCAAUCACUGUCAAGUUUUACUGGUCAGAAAUGCUAUACGCCGUCAAAGAAAUCCACGAAAAAGGUAUAAUUCAUUCGGACUUGAAGCCUGCAAACUUUCUCUUUGUGAAGGGGACCCUGAAGCUUAUUGACUUUGGAAUUGCUGACACAAUGCAGGCUGACGUGACCAGCGUUAUUAAGUCUUCCCAGAUGGGAACGCUGAACUUCAUGUCACCUGAAUCCAUUAUGGGUACUGGAGAAAUCUCUGAAAAGACAGGAAGACCAGACAUCAAGAUAAACACGAAGUCAGAUGUUUGGUCACUUGGGUGCAUCCUGUAUGCCUUAGUGUAUGGCAAGCCACCCUUUCAAGACCUGACAUCUGCCCCGCAGAAAUUGCAUGCCAUCACAAACAGUAAGCAUCCGAUCCCAUUUCCUGAGAUUGAAGAUCAUCACCUUCUUGAUGUGCUGCAGCAAUGCUUACAGCGAAAUCCGAAAAAAAGGCCCACAAUAUCUGAAUUGUUGCAACAUCCAUAUCUAGUGGAAGGAAAGUCGAGAGCUGCAUCGACAGAACCUGAUCUGGCAUCUUUGAUUAGCAGCAUUGAACAGUUAUCUCCGUGCAGUUUUCAGAAGGUAGAUAGUUUUGUCAGAACUCUGCAAAAGAAGUAGCUGGUCACAUGAAAGGUGUGCUACCGGUUAUAUGGAAACCUCUCUAAACUUGGACAACAUUUUUCUGUCUACAGAUUUUAGUUGGGUACAAAUAUAUUAAUAUUUUAUAAGA